GUAAAAUUAUUGAGUUCAUCGUUUAUCAGGGUGAAAAUUUAGUUGAAUUGUGCUAAUUUGUGCGUAAAAAUGCGAAAUCAUCUUGAAAUAGUGGAGUAAUAUGAUAAACUGCACAGAACGUGUAUAAUCAACAUUUAAAAAAUGAAUUGCCAUCAGAUACUUAGUGGAGCCUGCAAUGCUGGGGAUCGUUGUUUUGCAGUUGGUUCCGUCGAAGGGGUUCCAUUCACUGCUUAUGCUGCGGGAUGCAACAUCGUUAUAUUGGCUAGUAAUUUCGAACGCGUUCAGAUCAUACCAGGAGCUGUUCAUAAUUACAUUAGAAUUUCCGCACUUGACUGCAGUACUGAUACGGGCAAGAUAGCUGCAGCAUACGAGGAUAAAGUAUGUAUUUUCGAGCCCACACCAUUGAUCCAUAAUGACCGAUCUUCUACGCAUGGACUGGAGUACAAGUGGGUUCAAACCGGUAGCUUACAGGCUACUUCAAAUAUCAGUUCAUUGUCUUGGAACCUAGAGGGAACACGCUUACUAACUGGCGGAACAGUUCUACAAUUGUGGCAUGAGCGUCUAUCAAACCAAGAUGACGAUGAACCUGCUACUGUCAAGUUCGAAAUCGGUGGGGAUCGUGACCCCAAAACUCCAACAAAUGACGAGGAUUCUGACGCAUCAUGGGACUGUGUUUGGAAAUGUCACACUGCAUCACCUGUCCAUCAUAUGGCAUUCAGCCCUGACGGAACGCUUUUUGCUACAUCCGGAAAAAGCGAUCGCUUGGUGAAGGUGUGGUACGAGAAUAAGCACAUUUUGUUCCCGAACAAAAGUUUCGACCAAAACCAGUCACAAAGUUUUAAUGGAAUUCCGGAAGCCAGCUAUGGUUUUGUCUAUGUUGCCCAUCCUCGAGCCGUAACACAUCUUUCCUGGCGGAAAACAAGUAAAUAUAUGCCAAAGGGAUCCGUAUCGAAUAUGUUGGUAACUUCCUGCUUGGACAACAUAUGCCGAGUAUGGGUAGAAACUGUUUUGCCGGAUGAUGGGCUUGUCAAUAUGAAUCAAUUCGAUCCGUUAGCCUCGCAGAAUCCAAAGUUUAGAACCCACAGACACAAACAUCGUUUUAUGCAGCGAUUAAAGCACAUGAAAACAUGCUUUCAUAUAAGACGUCAUGCUAAGCACAACGGUACUACUGGUUUCAAUGGAAUGGGAGCAGGAUUCGGUGGGCCGGGUGCAAGUGCCGGCUUUGGAAAUGCUCCAAUACCAACGUUGCCGUCAACAUAUAGUGUACACGACUUCCAUUCCUAUGGGUAUCAUGGAACUGGUAUGACGCCAGGAUUACAUUUUCACCUAGCUGCGUCUAUAAAUGCAGAAACCGAUAUUCCGUUGGUGCCGUCAAUGCAAACUAACGAUCCUUCCACGCAGCCCAACUUUAUUUUACACUGGCUUAACAACAAGGAGAUGCAUUUCUCACUGCAGGCAGAAGCAAUUUUACAAGAAAUGACGAGGAAAGUGAUUGAAAAAGAAGAUUUAAUAUCUGGACCAAACAGCGAAGGCCAUUCAGAGGGAUUACAUGAAGAUGAACAAGUUAUUGAUGAAAAUAAACGACGGGCGAAAAUAAAAACCACAUUAUCGCAAGAAGAAAGCAAUAGCGAUGAGCAUCCACCUUACUCAGCUAAUCGCUCACAUUCUGUAGGUGGAGCUUCGCAUGCAGGACUUCCCAAUCAACAUUCGUUAUCAAACACAACGUCAAUCAACUCGCUUGUUAACGAUAGUAACAUUCACGUUACCGAUUCACUGGAUAUGAAAAUCGACUGUCUUUUGCGAGACUGGCAUCAUAAUCCAGAUUUACUCUAUUCUAUUCAUCCGAUCGAUGGAAGUUAUCUGAUAUGGGUUGUUGAAUGGUUAGAUGAAUACCAUCCCGGCUCAUUUCGACAAGCACAAGUGUCGUUUUCUACCAGGAUUCCAUCAGCGUUUCCGUUGGGCGAUGCAAUGUCCAUGUCGACUACCGUUGCUCUUUAUAACACUAGUGGAAACCUUGGUUUUCGCGAUAUGAUUGUACGUGGACCUAAACCGACUAAUAGCACAGCAAGUAAUCCGCCAGAUGUUGGUAGUGACAUUGUGACUUCCCUUCCAAGUGUUCAAGAAGAAAAUGAGAUAAAUGAAGAAGACAAUGAAGCAGAUGCCAAUGAAACACAGCAUAAUGCAGCUAAUAAAAUCGGUACUGAAUCUAUAGGAAAUGAACAUGUAGGUGAGCAAACUGACAUUCUCACCGCUCCACCGUCUCCAACGAUAUCUAUGGUUACAAAGCAUUCAAAUGGUACAUUGAAUCUGUGGCAGCUGACAUUUGCCGAUAAAAGUAAAUUUUCGCAAGUUCUAAGUAUUGGGCACGCUUCGCGCGCUUCCGGUCAUCGGUUUCGUGUGAACGACAUAACAUGCCAUCCAGUAUUGCCGUUGCUACUGACAACAUCACAUCACAAUAUACCAGACAUCCCCAAUACACCCAUUGGAUAUCCCGGUAAACGCACCGUAAACGGUUCGGAUCAAAAGUUGCAUCGCCCAAAAGAUGUCUGCACACCGUCUGGCUUCUGCUCGGAGUUAAUUCUUUGGCGUGUCGAUGCAGUUGGUCCACUGUCCCAAUCUGGAGGUGUGAGUGAAUUAGCGCGAAUCAACUCUCCAGAAAUUUCAGCCUUCAGCAACGUAGCUUGGAUACCUACAUUGCUACCCAGUACAACAUUGGGAAAUUUGAGCAACUCUCCAUCUGCCUGUUUCGUUGCUAGUGAUGGUGAAAGUCUUCGUGUAUAUCAAGCAGUUAUUGAUGCCAGAACUUUGCUGGCAGAGAUAUCUACUUCAGAACGACGUUUUCGACGAUUGGAUUCAAUGGUGUCCCUUUCGACGGAAUCAUCACUGGAUCAAGCCCCAGAUCAUUCGGCCUUGCAUGAUAAAAUAAAGAUCGUGUCGCAACAAUCAACAGCUCGCCCAGGAUGCAUAAUUCAGCUGGAUGCGAUUGACGAUGCAUCUCACGACUGGCAAAACACCCAACUGUUGCAUGUUUUUCAAGAGCAACUGAUUACCGGUGAACGGUCAGAGGAACCAAUCAUUGUUGGGCAUGAUAAUAAACAUUCUGGUUUAAUGGAUGGACAGAUGGGUGCUAUGGUUGAUCUACAGAGAAAUGCACAGUUUGAAGAGCCAUUUUAUUUGGUUGUACUGGAGCGCACACAAAACGGAACUACGGUCCACAUGUGGCGAAUUGUCAUUGCUUCCCAACCUGCUGUUCCUGAUGAGAUGAGUAGCAGCAUGAUGUAUGUUCCGGAUAGUAAUAUUGUGCAAGAUUUGGACGAUCCAGAAUUAAUCCACAGAGCUUCGAUGGCAGGUAUACAAAUGCCGGACGAUAUAAAAAUACCGGUUGAUCAUAGCCCACAUGUGAAUAUUUCAACAACGAAAGUUUGUACCCAGGAGUUGCCUCUGCCGGACGGCGUCGAUGUUAUUCAUGCUGCUCCAGCGGCAGGUCAUCUCAGCUCAUCAUCGAUUUACCCAGCUUGUUUUGCCCCAUACAUAAUUGUGACCGCUUGUUCAGAUUCUACCGUUCGUUUUUGGAAGUGCAAAGUUUUGAAAGAAAAAAGAGAAAAUGAGAAAAACCGUCUGAACUACGAGUGGUGCGAAUGGGAAAUGAUACGGAAAGAUCAAGAGUCAAAUAUCGAUGUAAAUGGACAAUUACUGCACAUCAGCGCUGCUUACUCAGGGAGAAUAGCGUGUGCUUAUAAAUAUGGAAAAUCUUUUACCAGACCAACGAAAAGCAGUGAUCCUGAGACGCGCUAUGUGAAUCUGUGCGUAGCCAUUUAUGAGUGCGAAAGUACUGGCGGUAGUGAAUGGGUUCUUGAAGAUACAAUACAUCUGAAGAAUAUUCAUUUACCUAGAAUACAAGUAGAUCCGCACCUGGAUUUAAGCUACUUGUAUGACAACAGAACACUACAGAAAAAACAGAGGCUAAAUCAAAUGUUACAGACAUUAUCUCAUGACGAUAAUCGUUCUACACGUAAUGGCGAUGUUACUCCUGAGGGCCAUGCCAAAUCUGGUUCUAGUCUUCUUGCAGUUCCGAGCUUCAGCACUCUUCAAUCGUUAAGAAAAAGUAUUACAGAACAUGGUAAUACUUGUCCGUUAACUCAAAAACAUUUAGUUCAGCUCGACUGGGUCUCUCAGGAGGAUGGAUCACACAUUUUGACGGUCGCAGUUGGCAGCAAAAUUAUGCUUUUUACUCCCGUUUCUAGUGAUUUAGCUCAAUCUAACAUGAAAGCAAUGAAAGAAUCACAAUCAACAAAUCGUCCUUUGUUACGCAAAGCGAGUUCAUUAGCGCAACCGCAUUUCAAUGACGAAAUAAGAUGGAUGAAGCUACGCCAGAUCGAGCUACGCACAGCGGACAGUUUGCCUCCGUUGCCUAUGCAGAUUUCCUGGGUUCGCGAUGGUAUUUUUGUAGCCGGUAUGGAUUCAGAAAUGCAUGUAUACUCGCAGUGGAAACCACAAUUAAACGCAAUCAAUCACAUGGACAUAGAGGAUCUUUAUGACAAUCGUUAUCUGAAGGAUGAAGAUCUGCGCUCGCUUGCUCAUGAAAAUACCCAAAGGCGUCUGGCAAAUGUCUCAUCGAUGCCGGUUCUAUCACGAGUUAGUUCCAUCAAUCUGCAAAUGUUGUCAAACGAUGGCAAAAAGAGAAAAUCAGGAUCACACAGUACCGGUCAAAUAGUCAGCGGUGCGAACGACCAACAACAACCAAUUCACGAUUAUAUGACCGACUAUGGACUUUUCGAGGCAUCUCGUAUCGCGUGCCCUGUUUUGCCACAAUACCAUCCGAAACAAUUGAUGGAAUUGCUCAACUCGGGUAAGAUACGCUGGGUAAAGGCGAUUUUGGCACAUCUGGUGCGUUGCAUCAGUGGUUCGUACAGCGUGCGUGGUGGUGGCUGCGAUGAAGAGAGUCUCAACAGACAGCGUGGUUGGUCUAGAUCUCGCACACUUUCUGUUAGCUGUCCGGCAGGCACUGUUAGUCCUCUUGAACCGAGAGGAUCGACGACACAGAUUCCAGAGGAACUGACUUUGGAUUAUGCCGAAAUAACUUCGAUUCCGCCGUUACCGCUAUGGACAUUACUGGCUGCUGAUAAAGAGACGGUCGGAAUAACUGCUCAGCAGAGCGAAGAAGUAAAGGACUAUAAUGAGCUCUUCGAGAGCAAUGUCGUCGAUGAAUCUUUAGACGAAUUGUUGGAAGAAGAACCAGAUAUAAGCCGACACACUGAUCGACGGUCAUCUUUGCCUGAAAAACACUAUCUGUCGCAUUUUGGUCCCAGGCAGGGCCAGUUACUGUCACGUCUUUUGACCCAUACUCAUCUUCCAGGUCUUUCAUCGCUGGAUCAGAUGCAUUUGCUGGCUUUAGCUGAUACCGUUUCUACCUGCAACACCGAUUUUGCUGAACGAUUUGCUAUUGAUGCAGCCAAAACAGCAAUCGCCAAGGAAAAUUUAACUGGUGUUCCAAGUACUGAAAACGUUUCUGCUGACUCUUUGGACGAUUGCGGGUUGAGAUUUUUGCUUGCAAUGAAACAUUAUAAUUACUUGCUCCGUUGUUUACCAAUCAUUCAGAGGCAAUCGUUUCAAAGACAAGGAGUCGGUACAGCAAAUAUUGUAUGGGCUUUCCAUUCAGAGAGCGAAGAGGAACUGUUAAAUUUGAUUCCGUCUUACGCUAAAGGUCAACCAAAAUGGCAUGUGCUUAAAGAACUUGGUGUUGGUUGGUGGCUGAGAAACAAUAGCUUGUUGAGGCAGUGUAUUGAGCGGUUGGCAAAGGCUUCAUUCCAAGCAAAUCAAGAUCCACUGGAUGCAGCAUUAUAUUAUAUGGCCAUGAAAAAGAAGUCAGUUGUUUGGGGUUUAUUUAGAUCCCAAAAGGAUGAGAAAAUGACUCAAUUUUUUGCGAAUAAUUUCUCCGAAGACCGAUGGAGAAAAGCAGCUCUAAAGAAUGCUUUUGCGCUGUUAGGAAAGCAGCGUUUCGAACACGCUGUCGCUUUCUUUCUGCUAGCUAGCUCGUUGAAUGAUGCUCUGGAGGUUUGCCUUACAAAACUUCAAGAUCUUCAAUUAGCGUUAGUCAUAACUCGAUUGUACGAAGGAGAACAUGAUCCAACCCCUCCAAGUUUCAAAAGGCUGCUAUACGAGGAAGUCUUGGGCUGUGACAAAAAUGGCGAUAAUCAAGAUCUCAGCCGUGCGCACCCCGAUCCUUUUCUGCGCUCAAUGUCUCUUUGGAUUCUAAAGGAUUAUUCCGGCAGCCUAAGUACUUUGCUGAACAGUAAUAUCGGUAGUAUGCAUCCUCAGUUUGAUGAAGACAAUUCGACUUUUCAUGGAGAAGGGUCUCACUCUACCAACCCAAACGUGUUCAAUUUUUAUGUUUAUCUAAGGACUCAUCCGUUGCUUAUUCGUCAGCACAUUGCUUCUUCAGCUCAGGAUAAAAAACGUACACAAGUAGUUUUAGCUGGUUUCAGUUAUGGAGCAGAAGCUGCAUCGGUUACUAAACCUAGUCUAGCAACGGACAAACAGAUCCAGCUAGAGGAUUCUAUAACUCCAUUAGAACGUCAGUUAUAUUUCACUACGGCCCAUGCACACUUCAAAGCGGGAUGUCCGGCAUUGGCUUUGGAUGUUCUCAGCAAAUUACCGUCAAAGGUAAUUGAUCAGGAUUCCACUAGUCAGUUACAAAGCCCUAACGAUGCUAAAGAUCAGUGUAAUUCAAUUGCCACUGGCAUUCUAGACUGGAGCAGAGGUAGCCAGAAUGAUUCUGGUAAGGAACGAACUAGUUCAAUUGAUUGGGGUGCUCCAGCUUCGUCAACUGCAGUUGAUUGGAGUACAGCAGGUUCAGGCGGGUUUGAUUGGGGUGCACCAGUAACAUCGCAACUUUCAAAUGGACCAGACGAGUUUAAAAUUGAGUGGGAUGAUGACGAUAAACAAGACAAUGAAGAUGAGGACAGUGAUGAAGGUAUUCAAAUAAAAAAUUCCGUUCAGGAAAGAAGUGAAAGUGAAAUACAAGACGAAGUUGAUUCGAAAGGCACAUUGGAUAUAAUGGCACAGCAACUUAAGUUUAUUGCAUGCUUAAAAAUUUUGAUGGAAGAGCUAUCCACUUUAGCUACUGGAUUUGAAGUUGAUGGUGGUCAAUUGCGAUACCAGCUGUACGUCUGGUUAGAACGCGAAGUUGAAGCGCUGAAACAGCUUUGCAAUUAUAGCAGUGGAGAUUCGGAUAAUACUGCGAUUGAGGACAAUAAUAAUGUUGAUGCAAUAGAUAAAGAUACACCAGUGCUUUCAAAUAAGUUUCCGCAUGAUAAACCGACCCUUCAUGAGAUUCUUAUACAGGAGAAGCAAGAUUUUGAAGCUAAAGUGCAGCGAGCUGCUAGAAGGAAACGUUGGCUUAAAGCCAAUGAGACACUAUUGAGAACUUUACUUAGCUAUUGCUCGCUACAUGGUGCAAGUGGAGGAGGAUUAGCAUCAGUCCGUAUGGAACUUGUUCUACUGCUACAAGAACUGCAACAAGAAAAAACACAACAACAACUACUCAGUCCGUUGCCGUUCCCGACAACCCUUCCACUUUUAAGUGCCUGCGUGGCCGGAAAUAAAACAGUGAUAGCUGAUCCGUUGCGUUAUUUGCAGUCCCAUACGCAUGACAUGCUGCAAACCAUAGUUGAUAUGCGCAGUCCACCACACGCUCUGCGGACGGGAUUUCCGAAUGAAAUUUUUGUGCUUAGGGACUUAGGUGUGGCCUUAUCUGCUUGUAUUUAUCAGUCUUUGUGUGAUUCAGAUACCUUCAGCGUUAAACAAUUAACCGUAACGGAGGGGUGCCACAGUCCAGGAAUGGAAACCAUAGCAAAACUUAACGCUAGUUGUCAGAGUACCCACUUGAUGGCUAAUGCUACAGCGCAUCAAAGGCGUAGAAAGUAUUCGACUGACGAACCACUCGCUGUAAGUACUCCUCCCUCAAAAUGGCCAGGUGUAACCAAUCUUCGGGCGCUUCUAGCCCGUGAAAAAGAUGACGACACGCCACGAUUGAAUGUUUUACUGUGCGAAUCAUUUGCUGCUACCUAUAUGGCACUGUUUGUAUACGCACUAACGACCUGCGACUGUCACAUACUAUUUCGGCUUGCCGGUCAAAACUUUACUGAUUACACAUGGUCCACGCUGUACGGCGGAGGUGUAAAAAAGCUUCUCCGUAAAGCAACGUCACAUGUACAGGCGGCACAACAGGUAGUGCAAGCGCAGGUUCAACAGGAAAAUCUUGAUAGUCCAAUGGCUGAUGGAAGCGUCUGGGGUGCGGUUACUUCACUAACAAAACAGCGAGUGAAACUAAAUAUGAAGUUACUUGGACAUUUCGCUGGACCACAAGGUCCAGCGAACAUGAAGGAGGAUAAACCAACUUAUCGCGAGCAGUUCGUUCCGCCUGAGAUGUCGAUGGUAUCCUAUUUCCUUACUAAACCAGUACCAAAGGGAGAUCCCGACGAAGACGAUUAUGAUUCAGCGGACUCGGCAGUGUCUGAUUUGGAUGAUGAUGAAGAUGACGAAGACGUGUUCAACGAUCCGUUGAAUAACGAUCCGAAAGCGCACCAGGCUUCUGCUGCUGCUCGAAAGCAUCGUCGUGAAAAUACUGAGCACUCCAAUCCCAACUCCUAUUCGUGGUGCAUUCUUCGCUUGGCACUUAUCCGGGUUUCUCAGCACCAGUUGCAAACAUUCAUCAACAUAGCAGGAAUUGAAAUGCAAGAACUGCCAGUAUGUAGCCCUUUGAUUCAUGCUGUUCUAAGGUCCCUAUCAUCAUGGCAAGAAUUGUUAAAAGAAGAGUUGGAAAAUCGAGGACCCGCUUCUGUUGAUUACAUUCCAGGUUGUUUCGUUGAAUCCGAGGCAAAAGGUCCCGCAAUCUUGAAAUAUCGCUCGUUACUGGAGAAAUCGAACACUCCGUUUUCUCCAUGUCUUUCUUCCGCCGCACCUGCUCGGCGUUUAUGGAACUAUCUUGUCCGGAACGAAAACGUUCAAGAUAUUUUCAUUCGUGCAGUAUUUGGUAAGAAAAAACCGACAUCCAAUACGAUUGAUACGGCAGUUGGAUCGGUGAGCAAUUCAGUAAACGAUUCUGGCACACCAAUCGGGAAUGAAUCAGCCGCUGUUGCUGGCGCUAGUGGGGUUCAAAACUGCAUGCAAAACAUUCCAGAACCCGUUAGAAUUAUCCAUAAAGACCAAGAGCAAAUUUCAGCAUUCUGUUUGAACUUGGUUAACUCAGGGUUGCUAGCACUGGCAACACCAAGAGAAGUACAGGAAAUGGAUAUCUCAUUAUUGCUGGAAUCACCAAAUUGGAUGGAGGAUGAGUGCGAAAUGGAUAUAAUGAACCUUACAAAGGAUAUCGAAACGAUACCUUCCAGCAAUUUCCUAGUGAUACAAACGAGUACCGAUAAGCAUUCACUGAGCGCAAGCCUAAAUGCUGCACAAAACUUUGGAACACCGGCUAGUCCACAACCUGGCAUUGCCGGACAAUCUGGUCGUGGGGCAUCUGUGGUGCUCAAACAUAAAGUCGACAAUAUCAAACGUAUGAGUGCUCAUCCACUGAUGCCGCUCUAUCUCACCGGUGGUCAAGAUGGUUCAGUCCAGUUGUGGGAAUGGGGACACCAACAAGUAGUAUGUACUCCAAGGCCUCCGGGAACUUUUGCCAAAGUAACACGCUGUCGCUUUUCACAACAUGGUAACAAAUUCGGCAUUGCUGACGGAGACGGUAACUUGAGUCUUUGGCAAGUGGGACUAGCUAGCCAGAGUAAUAGACCAUUCUUUACAUACCAAUGCCACAAUAAGGGAAUAACAGAUUUCGUUUUCCUUGGAUCCUGCAGCUUGGUGGCGACAUCUGGGCAUAGUUCUGAAAGUAAAAAUGUUGCGAUUUGGGACACUUUAUUGCCCCAGAAGAAAGCACUAGUAUCAGCAUUCAAUUGUCAUGAUCAGGGAGCAUCUAGUCUGGCAUAUGCCCCUCAGCAUCAAUUGCUUAUAUCGGCUGGCAAAAAGGGAGAUGUGUGCAUAUUUGACGUACGUCAACGCGUACUUAGACACCGUUUCCAGGCCCAUGAAAAUCCGAUCAAAUGCCUAGCUAUAGAUCCCCACGAAGAACACUUUGUGACAGGUUCGGCAGACGGCGAUGUGAAGGUCUGGGGACUAACGGUGCACACAUUGCUUUACAGUUUUAUGGGCGACCAUGCGCGUAGCAGCUUCUUCAAGCACAUCGGUCAAGGUGUGACACAAUUGCAGAUCGAUCAAUGUGGUCGUCUUUUCUCAUGUGGUGCCGAUGGUUCCAUGAAAGUUCGGCAACUUCCGGAUAGAGAAUCGAUAAUUCAUUCGUUGUAUUAAAAACAUGGCCGUAUUAAGACAGAUAAAAAAUGUCAUUACGAGGUAGAUGCUGUCGAGAAAAAUCCUAUCCUGAGGAAUACGUUAUAUAUAUAUAGAGCAAUAGGAUAUUCUGUGGCUAAAUUCAGCAUGGUAAUAAAAACAAAGUAGCUUGACAGUAAGUGUUAUUACUAUUAUAAACAAUAUGAGGAUAAGCCACUCAUGUAAGCGCAAUAUCAAUGGGUUUUAUCUAUGAAAAACGAGUUGCAUUCGAAAACAUUAACAUAAAUAAAACAGACAUCUUUCAACCCCAACCUCAAUUCUAACACUAUUAUUCUCAAAGUUAAUGAAGCAUCAACUAAAAUUAGAUAAAUCACUUACCGCUGACAAUACCCAAAUUAUGACAUAUUAUCUUAUUAACGUUAACGAAAAUACCAAAACAAAAUAGGCAUAAAAUAUACAUAAUGAAACUAUUUAAAGACAAAUGUGAUUGAGCAGUGUAGUCAAACAGAAAGAAAAUAAACGAUUGUUUUAUUACGGAACGAAUAGAUAAAGGAAAGAUGAUAUUCUCUAUUCAGAUGUUUACCCUUUGUAAGUGAAUAUAUUAAUUAUUUAAUAUUGAUAUUUUGUGGUUUGCGGAUUGGGUUAUUUCUGUAAUCUAUUUCUAAUAUGUAUUACGAAAAUGUUUUUCAUUGCUAUACAAUUCAACUAGUUUAUACCUGAUUAAAAUAUCUAUUUGCUUAUCCGGGUUUUCUUCUUUGCCUUGCUUUCAAAGUUAUUUACUAUGAUUUCGAUUGAUAAAAAGCGUAAUAGAAAGUGAGUGCACGCCAUGUCCUUGAGAUUUGUUGUUAUAGUGUUGUUGACCAUAAACGUAGAUUAAAUAAUCGAAUAAAAAAUCAAAGUCAAAUCCAGCACACCCCAAUAAUUCAAAUCUAUCGUAACCCUUCUAUGCAAAUGUAAAAUAUACACCUGCAAAUUUCAGUGAUAGAUGGAUAAAAAGGCGUAAAGAUUCCACCUAUUUACAGUAACUACUAGUUAUCGAUGAUCAUGUAGAGAAUGAUCACAAUAUGGUAAAAUAUAACGUGCAUCAUAUAUAAAUAUGCAAACGAAGAAUGCAACACAUAAAAU